AUGACGGGCGAUUGUGCUCAGUUAGAGGGUGCAGGUGAAAUGGACUCAGCAAAAACACUGAAUAUCCGUUCAUUGCACACACACAUAUACAUGCACACAUACUCACAUGCACACAUAUGCACACACAUGCACAUAUACAUGCAUGGAUACAUUCAUACAUGCAUAUGCACAUGCACACAUACGCACACACACACUUACCCAUACACACAUACGCACGCGCACACACACAUGCAUACGCACAGGCAAACAUACGAAAAUGCAAGCACCCAUACAGACACGCACACAUAUGCACAUACGCAUGCACACAUGCAUGCAUAUUCACAUGCAUGCAUAGGCAUACACACCAAGUCACACAUACACAUGCACACACACAUGCACGCAUACAAACAUACACACAUAUACACGCACACACAUGUACACAUACGCACACACACAUGUGGACACAGGCACACGUACCCACAUACACACAUACCUAUAUGCACAAAUAUCCACACAGAUAUAUGCACACACACACACAUAUGCAUACACACACAAAAAUAUAUGAUACCUACAUUAUAA